AUGCCAGGACGGGAAGCCGGCAAGGCGAAGCCCCUCAAGGCCCCAAAGGCCAAAGGCAAGGAUUACGACGAGGACGACAAGGCAUUCCUGCAGAAGAAGAAGGAGGAGGAGGCCGCCCUGAAGAAGGCGAAGGAGGCGCUCACCAAGGGCAAGAAGAAGUAG